CUCCUUCAAUCACAAAAUUUCACAAAACCCUUCCAGAAUUUCUCGACAAGCUGAUCAAAACCCAGAAUUCAGUUUUCAUAAAAGUUUCAUCUUUUUUUUUUGUUCCUUCUCUUUACGUACGCUCUGUUUUCAUCAAUGGCGUCAAGGAAGCUUUUUUUUGUCAAGCCUAAAUACAUAUAUCCAGAACCAGAACCAGAGAUGUCCGAUGAGAAUGUCUUUGAAUUCGACGAAUCUGAUAUUCAUAACUUAGGCGAUCAUCAAUUGCCGAAUUCAUUCGACGCGAAAAGAUCGAUAUCAAUCUCUCGAUUACGGAGAAAACCGACGAAAACCGGAGAUUCCGUCGGUUCUGGAAACCGGGAAAUCACAAAGACCGGUUCGCUUCCGGUUAAUAUCCCCGACUGGUCUAAGAUCUUGAAGAGUGAGUAUAGAGGUCAUGCGAUACCUGACGAUGACAGUGAUGAUGAUGACGAGGAAGAUGACGACAUCAACGACGGUGGAAGACGGAUCAUUCCGCCGCACGAGUAUUUAGCGCGGCGGAGAGGAUCGUCGUUCACGGUGCAUGAAGGAAUCGGUGGAACGGCGAAAGGAAGAGAUCUAAGGCGAUUGAGGAAUGCUAUUUGGGAGAAGAUUGGGUUUCAAGAUUAAUAAUAUACUCCCUCCGUAUUU